AUGUCCUCAAACCCCUUCAUCCAAUCCAUCGCAGGAACCUGCAUCUCCAUGUCCUACAUCCUCGUCGGCAACGCCAUCACCCAAUCCUUCAUGACGGUCCCCGCCCUCCUCGUCGACUUCCCCCCCGCCAAAUCCCCCGCCCACGCCGCGCGCGCCCAGCUGCUCGGCCGCCAGUGGCCGCUCUGCUGGACCGUCGGCAACCAGUUCUUCCGCCCCAUCAGCAUGCUGGGCUUCCUGGGGUACGGCGCCAUCGCCAUGUAUCUGUAUCGCCAGUCCUCCACCCUCGCGGCCAGGGGCAACGCCGCGCAGGCGGACUGGCGCGUGUAUGCGGUUAGUGCGCUGUGCCAUUUGGCGACGAUUGUGCAUUCGGCGCGGAAUAUGCAGCCGCUGAAUGAUAAGCUGGAGGCGCUGGCCGGGAGGGCGGGGGCGCAGGAGAUGGAGGAGGCGGAGGGGGUGGCGCGGCGGUGGGCGAGUUGGAAUAGGGUUAGGAUUUUGAGUCCGCUGGUUGCGGGGAGUUUGGCGCUUUGGCAGAGUUUCUUUUUGUAG